AUGGAUAAAGUUCGUGGAUUCUCAGCUUCUACGGGACUGCAUGCAGAUCAGCAUCCCAAAAAGUAUAAUUUAUUUUGGGGUGUGGAUGAUGAUACCAUUAAUCAAAUUCAACAAGAAACCGACUUUGCUAUUGGAAAUAUGCCUUUCAAGUACCUUGGUGUCCCUCUAACCAGCAAGAAGUUAACCAUUUUCCAAUGUCAGCCUUUGAUUGAGAAAAUGCUUACUAGAUUGAGACAUUGGAGCACAAGAUUACUAUCGUAUGCACGAAGAACCCAAUUACUGAAGAGUGUCAUUUUCUCUAUUGCAAACUAUUGGAUGCAGAUUUUUCCGCUCCCUAAAGAAGUUAUUUCUCACAUUAAUAGUAUUUGCAGGAGCUUCCUCUGGACAGGUAAAGAGCACAUAUCCAGGAAAGCACCUGUUGCUUCGGAUUAUCUGAGUAAUCCUAUAGCUGCUGGUGGGCUAAAUCUGAUCUCUCUCAUGGAAUGGAAUAAAGCAACUAUUGGUAAGCUUCUCUGGAAUGUUUGUGAAAAAAAGGACAAGUUGUGGAACUCUUGGAUUCACACUUAUUAUAUAAAAAAAAUCAGAUCCUCAUACCUUUUAUCCUAG